CUGGAGGGGCAGCCAAAAAUCUCACCUGGUUUGAUAAAGGAUUCUAAACUCUCACGGAAUGUUGUAGUUAGAAAACCUGCAAAAGUCGUUUUUGCUUUAGAUAAAUCUGAACUGAAAUCAAAGCUAGAACAACCAUGGAAGAAAAAUCUUUUUGAAAGAGUGGACGCAAGAGCCCAAGCAAUGCAGCAGAAAAUAAUAGAUAAGGAUAACCUAAAGAAGGAACUAGAAAAAAAGGCUGAAAAAAAAAUUCCUGAGGAUAAUUUGGCCAAAGAGUGGUUUAAUACAGAAAACAUGACACUGAAUACUCAUGCAUAUUUGCUUGACAAACUUCUACCCACCUUAGUUCCUGGAGUGGAAAACAUGUUAACGCAAGUGGAAAAGAAGAAGCUUUUGACAGAAGCUGAUAUUCCAACCAAGUUUGAUCCAAUUAAUCAUUUGGGGGAGUAUUUAAUGAGAAACAAUCCUGGUUAUAUCAAAGACCGAGGAAUGUCUGGUUACCAGAGGGUGAUGAAAGAGGUCACAGAAGAGCUGAAGAUAUAUGUUCCCAACACUAGUGGCAACAGAGUAUCCAAGAUGAAGGAGAGUGUUAAUCAGAGAAGAGAACGAAGAGAAAGCAUAAACAAAGUGAAAGAAAAGGUUGCCAACACUCAGAAACAGGCUCUGCAGGAGCAAUUUGAUGAAUGGAUUCUAGACCCCAGAGGAAUGAUCCCUAUGGUAGUGAUUCAGAAUGUUCUUCAUGAAUUUUUUCAAAAUCGAGAUUUUGAUCUUGAAUCACAUUGCAAACAAUUGGAUAUUACUGACUCAACGGAACCAAGAUUGGGCAAAAUGGAAUUUGCAGAAUACAUCUCUUCGCAUGUUGCAGACUUUAAAAAUGAAAUGUUUGAGAAACUCCUUAAGCACCUUUGCCACUGUGCAGAUGAAUUCCGGGAGGUCAUAAAAACUGACAUGCAGAGGCAGAUGUUUGCUGAACUCUUCCUACAUUGUGACUCUGGAAAGGUAGGGUUUUUGGAUCGGCAGAGGACAUUGGCUUUGCUGGAAAUGUUCUAUGACCAAAGUUCACAAAUGCUUAGAAGUUUACUCCGAAACCCAAGACAAUGGCCAUUCAUUGAAUUUGAAGAGAUAGACUUGCCUGAGUUCUGGGGAGACAUGGAUAAUCAGAAACACAUUUAUGAAGACUUUGACAAAGUGGCCUUAGAGGUGAAUACAUCACUUGCUGAAAAACGUGCUAGUAAAACCCAAGGUAAAUUAUUACAAAAUCCAGAAGAUCAACAGAAACAUGAUGAACAGAGAAUAUCAACACCACCACCAGACCCACCAAAACAGCAGGGAGGGACAGCUGCAGAACAAAGACAAUACAGAAUUUCAACUGAAGAACAAGACAGAGAGCCAACUGCAGAACAAGAACUGUCCAGCAAAUUAGUAACAGAACAAGGCACUCGCACAGAGUUGACUCCAGAACAAGCACCAAGUGGAGAGUUAGUAAUAGAACAAGAACAACACGGCAGGUCAACUACAGAACAAGGAUCACACAGGGAGUCAAUAACAGAACAAGGACUUGCAGAAUGUGGCUCACAGGAAAAGUCAAUAGAAGAACUAUACGAAUGGUCAGAAGAAGGACCUCAUGGAGAGACAAAUUCAAAAGAACAGCAGGAUAUGAAGUCAAGUUCACCAUCAAUAAUACAUAGUAUCUUAAGUAAAAGUACAAAACCUGGGGAGUCUACUAUCUCUGAGUAUGUUGAAAUCACUCUACAGGAAGGGAGGUCUUGGGAGCAAGCAAAUGAAGAGGAAGUUCCAACAUCAAGUAGAAAAGUUUGUCUUUCAGAAACUGCAAAAAAGGAAGUUCUGAAGGACAAAUCCUGCGAACCCAAGUCCCCCAAAAUAGAAGGAAAGUCAUGGUCAGGUGAAUUUUUUACUUGUAACUGGAAAAUGAAUGCCAAAUUUGAAGAUGAGAAACAGGCAAACAUAAUCUAUGGUAACUCCAAGUUCAAAGACCUACACUCAAUUAUCAGAAAUAUUCAAUCUUACAAGGAAAUAAAAGGUAGGAGUGCCUUCAGUAGAGUUUCCCUCAAUCUGCUCCAGUUUGUGCAACUCCUGGAGACAUUUGUUGGUGAAGAUGUGCCCUUGAGUGUCAGCGAGGCCCUCACCUCCUUUUUUAAGAAGGGCUAUGUUGAAACAAAAGAAGAGAAACUGAAUGCCUUAGAACAGAUUAGACAAAAUGCUUUCCGAGCCCUACGGGGGAUUCUCCUAGAAGCACUGUUUCAGAAGUGGGACAGUGAUAGUUCAGGUUUCCUGGAUCUGAAGGAAGUUGAUGAACUCUUGUAUACAUACAAGGAUGGAAUGGAAAAAGAAUCUAUGAAGAAAGCUAAACUACACAUCCAAUUUCCAAAGCCACACUCUGAUCACGAAGUGAGGUUGUCUUCAAAACAAUUUCAGAAAUACAUAGAAUUGGUUGUAUCUGAACUCAGGGGCAAUGAAGAUCAAGUUCUGGAAAGCGUUGUGGAGUUUCUGAUGAAUGCUCUGCAGAGAAGCCAUGUUGAUAAUCUGAGGAAUAGUGCCAGACGGAAAUGGCUACACCAGAUCCAGUGUGCAGCACAGACCAGUGGGGUGUCCCUUGAGCCAGUGUAUACAGAGACCUUUAGGGCCCUCACCCAGGAUGCUGACACCCAUGGAAAUAAGAAGAUCAGUGCUCAUAUUUCCCUCUUAGAAGAAAACCUACUACUGCCUGAUAGAGGAAAUGUUCUCUUGAGGAAUGUGGCUUGUACCUUAGAUGAUGCUCCAUGGGUACUGAACAAAGUGCUCUACAGGGACAUGAAGGGAAUCAGCUUUACGGUAAUGGAUGAAGGGGAGCCAAUUCAUGUCCCCCAAGUUCAGUACCAUGGGAACAUCUUCUUCUGGAACGAUUCCCGUCCCAAGAAUGAUUAUAAUGGGUCGUUCCUGGCUCUGCCUCUUCAGGAUGCAUACAUGAGGAUCUUUGGGGUCUUGGCUGUUGACACCCUUAGAGAUCCCCAUGACAUAAACAUCUUCCUACCUCAUGAGAUCAGAUUCUAUCAGGGUGUUUCCAAUGUCUUUAGCACUGCCUACCACUUUGUCCACAGCCGGGAGCACAUUCUACAUGUCGUGAUCACUGGCAUCGGCUGGCUCUAUAACAUCACAUCCAGCAUCACCUCCAUCACUACUUACUUUAUAGAGCCCAGCCCAGACCAGGAUUCAGACUAUGUUUUACGCAAUAUGAUGGUUACAGGGCAGCUGGGUCUAACAGAAAUCCACAAAAAUCCACCUACCAUUUUCAGGAAGUCAUGCAUCUUCAGAGAUUUCCUUUUCAAGUGUACAGACAGUUCAGAAGUUGUUUUGGCCUCUGUCUGUGGAGAAACCCACUUAGUAAUUCCACUGCGUGAGAGAACAGGAGAGGCUCUGGGAGUCCUGGAUUUUAACAUUGGCAGGACUAGAAUGUUGUUAUACCAGGAAUAUAAAGAUCUACAGAAAAUGAUGAAGGUGAUCCAAGCUGCCUGCUAUGAAAUACUUGGCGAACUCUCUGGAGAGAUAAAGAAAAAAUACAUCUUAGAGAUUGAACGUGUAGGGGAAGUCCAGAGGGCAGGAAUUAUCUUCUUCCGAAUCAUGCUGCAGGAGCUGCAGGAAAGCCUCCAACUGCUCAAAUCUAUGGACUUUGUGUCUCUGUUGCUCUAUGAUCAUAAUCCUAUAGCAGAGACAACUUCUCAAGACAAGUCCCUGGAGUUGAAAGCCAAUGUAAACCUAGUGCAUGACAUCUUGAAGGCAGUUAUCUUGUUCUUUCAUCCAGAGCUGGAAUUUUCAAGUGACUUUGGAAAUUGGGAUAAGUAUAUAUUUUAUGUUAACAGAUAUUUAGUCGAAAAUAUCUGUGUCUUUGAUCCAACUGCUAAGCAUGUGAAAGUUAAUUUACAGCUGAUUGAUGAACAUAUCAAAGGUAAAUUUCCCUUAAUUAUAGCCUAA